GAAUUCAAGUAACUUUUAGAAGAACUUAUUGCAUCCUGAACUCAGAUCCAUCAUGGCAGCUGGUGUAGCAGCUUGGCUGCCCUUUGCCAGAGCAGCUGCCAUAGGAUGGAUGCCGGUAGCCAACUGUCCUAUGCCACUGGCCCCAACAGAUAAAAAUAAGCGGCAGGAUGAGCUGAUUAUUCUUAAUGUGAGUGGCAGGCGCUUCCAGACAUGGAGGACUACAUUGGAGAGGUACCCAGACACUCUGCUUGGCAGUACAGAGAAAGAAUUCUUCUUCAAUGAAGACACGAAGGAAUACUUUUUUGACCGAGACCCUGAAGUCUUUAGGAGUAUCUUAAAUUUUUACAGAACUGGCAAACUGCACUACCCAAGAUAUGAAUGCAUCUCAGCCUACGACGAGGAGCUUGCCUUUUAUGGGAUACUACCUGAUAUCAUUGGGGACUGUUGCUAUGAAGAGUACAAAGAUAGGAAACGGGAAAAUGCGGAGCGGUUGAUGGAUGACAGUGACUCAGAGAAAAAACAGGAGUCCAUGCCAGACCUGAACCUCCGAGAGACCAUGUGGCGAGCCUUUGAGAACCCCCAUACCAGCACCUUAGCCUUAGUCUUUUACUAUGUCACUGGCUUCUUUAUUGCAGUCUCUGUUAUCACCAAUGUAGUGGAGACAGUCCCUUGUGGAACAGAUCCUGGCAACAGGGACCAGCCCUGUGGGGAGAGGUACGGAAUGGCUUUUUUCUGCUUGGACACUGCUUGCGUGAUGAUUUUUACAGUUGAGUACCUUUUGCGACUCUUUGCAGCCCCCAGUCGCUACAGGUUCGUCAGGAGUGUGAUGAGUAUCAUUGAUGUGGUGGCCAUUAUGCCCUACUACAUUGGCUUGGUGAUGACAGACAAUGAAGAUGUCAGUGGAGCCUUUGUGACUCUGAGGGUGUUCAGGGUUUUCCGGAUUUUCAAGUUCUCCCGUCAUUCCCAAGGCUUGCGAAUCUUGGGGUACACUCUGAAGAGCUGUGCGUCUGAACUUGGUUUUCUGCUUUUUUCCCUCACUAUGGCAAUCAUCAUCUUUGCUACUGUGAUGUUUUAUGCAGAGAAAGGAUCAUCAGCCAGCAAGUUCACCAGCAUCCCAGCUUCUUUUUGGUACACUAUUGUCACCAUGACAACCCUUGGUUAUGGAGACAUGGUGCCCAAGACAAUUGCUGGCAAGAUAUUUGGCUCUAUUUGUUCGCUGAGCGGCGUGCUGGUCAUUGCUCUGCCUGUGCCAGUUAUCGUCUCCAACUUCAGCCGGAUUUACCAUCAGAAUCAAAGAGCCGACAAGAGAAGAGCUCAAAAGAAAGCCCGGCUAGCCAGAAUCCGUGUGGCCAAGACAGGCAGUUCCAAUGCCUACCUGCACAGUAAGCGCAAUGGUCUUCUGAAUGAAGCACUGGAGCUGACGGGGUCUAUUGAUGAUGAGCACAACAUCAGCAAAUCCACUUCUCUAAUAGAAAGUCAGCAUCACCACCUGCUGCACUGCCUGGAAAAAACAACUGGAUUGUCCUAUCUUGUGGAUGAUCCCCUGUUAUCUGUACGAACUUCCACCUUCAAGAACCACGAGUUCAUCGAUGAGCAGCUGUUCGAGCAGAACUGCAUGGAGAGCUCGAUGCAAAACUACCCGUCCAGUCGUAGCCCCUCACUUUCAAGUCACCAUGGCCUGACCACCUCCUGCUGUUCUCGCCGCAGCAAGAAGACGACGCACCUCCCUAAUUCCAACGUGCCAGCUACUCGGCUGCGGAGCAUGCAGGAGCUCAGCACCAUACACAUCCAGUGCAGUGAGCAGCCCUCACUCACCACAAGCCGUUCCAGUCUAAAUAUGAAAUCAGAUGACGGGCUGAGACCGAACUGCAAGGCCUCCCAAAUAACCACAGCAAUCAUCAGCAUCCCGACCCCUCCGCUGCUCACCCCAGAAGGCGAAAGCAGGCCCGUCCCAUCCAGCCCCAGCCGUGCCACGAACGUUCCCGUCGCGAGCUGCAACAUUGUCAAGGUUUCGGCUCUGUAAGGCUUUGUCAGUCAGAGGCGGCAGUCGGAAGGCCAGCGUUUCUCUCCCUUUUCCCCACCUCCAUGUUCCUUCUUUGCUGCAAAUUGUGCCUAGAUGGAUGGAUGGAUGGACAGUUAGACCAACCUGACCAACAUCUAAGAGUUCAUAGGGGGGCAGGGGGGGGCCUGAUGAGGCAGCUUCCUUCAAACUCACGUUCAUGCUGCAUAGUGAGCUCAGAAGAAGCAGGAAGCUGGGGGUGUGGAGGGGAGUGGAAGGAUCUCUUUGUUGAUAAACAAGAAGAAAAACCUGUUCCGGCAUAUGGAGCAUAAAAUAGUUUCCAGAAAGUGGAAAAAGAAGUCCUGUCAUAGCUACAAGGAAGUCAAUAAAGAAGCAGAAUUAUAACACUGUGUAUCUCAGCACCUUUGUAAAGGUUUUUAAUGGAUAAUAUUUAUUCAUGAGGAAAUGACUGCAAAAGGUGAUAAAAAUGGAUUUUGUGACUUUUUUUCUUCAUGCAGCAGAAUCUUUAAUCAACCAAAAUGAUACAUUUUCUUUCUUUUAUAGCUGAAGGUUUAGACAAAGAAGUCACCUAUUACAGGAGUUUUAAUUUUCAUUCUUUUGUGUGUGUGCGUGCGCGUGUGUGAAAGCGAGCAAGAGAAUCACUAAACUGGCACACUGUAAUAACAUGAGAUCUGAGCACACGUUCCUGUUCCCUGGCUCAACCCUGCAAAGACUUACUGUUUGCAUGGGCCACAACAUGCUUGAAGUAGCUCCUGUAGAGCCGACGGUUCUACUCACUGUGCAUCCUAUUCUGCAUGAGUGUGUCUUUGCAGGCUUUAGCCUUGAGUGCACAGUAGCAAACGGACACUUGCAUGCAAUCACACACACAAGCACCAAGAAAACUUCUCAUUGUGGAUGGCAUCCUUUCUUAAGACAAGUUUUUGUAAUUGCCUUUUAAUUCAACACAAAUUGCAGAUGCAAACAGUGUAUUUGUCUGCUAACUAUUGUCUGUGGGGGGGAUCAUAUUUGUUGGGGAGAAGGUGAGACAGGCUUUAGUAGUCCACCACAGAUUUCUGCUUUUUGUAUUUUUUUUUCCUGUUAACACCGGCUUGUAAAGAGUGUGACUAGAUUACCAGUCCUGUAUUUUUUAAAAGUGAGCAUAGGGGGAAUUUUAUUUUUUAAAUCUUGUACACACCCGUUUCACGGAGGGCAGAAUCAUUCAAAGCAACUGUGCCAGAUGUUCAUGAAGACUCU